UUUGAUGCAGACUUGCCAUAGAGUCCAUAGAGACUUGCAUAUCCUUCUGUUGUGAGCAUUUGAAUAUUUAGCAAAAAUCCGUAUUAAGUCAGUUUUUUCCAUUUAUGAUUCUGUAAAUAUUAGUCAAACUCCCCAUAUUCACUUGUACAUAUUAUCAAAAUGGUGUUGGCGGAAAAAAAUGGUGAAAACUGUCGGAAUGGACGAAGAAGUCGAGGCCCCAGUCCUAAUGGGCAUGCACAAGCGGACUCUACCAGUGAAGAUGAAGUUCCUGUUGAUAAAAUCAGAGUUGGGAGAGAUUAUCAAGCUGUUUGUCCAGAAUUACAGCCUGAAGGUCUGAGGCAGCCUGAACUAUUAGCUGAUAGAGCACUUCUAGUUUGGUCCCCCACCGAAGCAAUUUCAGACAGCAAACUUGAGGAGUAUAUCGUUUUGGCCAAAGACAAAUAUGGUUACAAUGGAGAACAAGCUCUAGGUAUGCUCUUCUGGCACAAACAUGACUUGGAAAGGGCUAUUCUAGAUCUUGCCAACUUUACCCCAUUUCCUGAUGAGUGGACCGUAGAAGAUAAAGUAUUAUUUGAACAGGCAUUUCAGUUUCACGGAAAGAGUUUCCAUAGGAUUAAACAAAUGCUUCCUGACAAAAGUAUUGCUAGUCUUGUCAAAUACUACUAUGGUUGGAAAAAAACAAGAACACGAAGUAGCCUGAUGGAUAAACAAGCACGAAAAUUACAAAAUCCAAAGGAUGAUGGAGUAGCAUCGGAAGCAGGAUCUGAAGUAGGUUCUAACGAAGAAUCCGAUCACGAAGAAAAGGGUGAGGGAGGUCAGUGUACCAAUUGUGGCAUCCAUUGUACAAUUAUGCAACAUACCCCCAAAGGAAACCAUUGCAAUUCCUGCUUUCAGCACUGGAGACGAACAGGUAUGCAGAGGCCUACUUCAGGACCUGUUGGAGGUAAGCGGGGCAGCUCGCUUGGGGGUAGGCACAAGCGCAAACCCCCCAGAGGAAUGUACAUCAGCCACGAUGAUUUGGCAGCCAUGGCAUCCGGUCAGACAGGAGUGCAACUGCUUAAAGCUAUGGAUCGGGAAAUUGACUCUCUUCAAAGACAAGUACAAUUGAAUAAGCAACAUAUCAGUUCGUUGAAGAGAAAACACUCAGACUCACUUGAAGAACUAAGGGCUAACAAUGAUGGAAACAUGAGGAUUAACGCUAGAUGGACUAAUGAAGAACUCCUGUUGGCGGUGCAAGGAGUAAGAAAAUAUGGAAAAGACUUCAAGAGCAUUGCAGAAGUUUUGGGCAACAAAACCGAACACCAUAUUCGAAACUUUUUCGUCAAUUAUCGCAAAAGAUAUAACUUGGAUAACAUUCUGAAAGAAUGGGAAAAAGACAAUGGACCACUACCCGAUGAUGAAUUAAAGAUGGAUGUUGACGAAAUGCCAAACGACGACGUAAUAUGCAUAUCUCCUGUAUCUAACGGCGGUUGCAAUAACAAGAAAGAAGUGAAAAACGGCAAAGUUGCCCCGGUUACAACUAAAUGAUUGUCUCGCGUAUUGAACUUUUGGGAGACGACAGUGUGAUAACUAUGAUAAGGAGAUUUUUGUGUACAGACCCACUACUUAUCUAGGCGAGAACUGGCUGCCUGUACCUGAAUAUAUUUUUCAUAACGGAGUAUAAUCCCUCUGUAUAUUAAAAGUAGACUUAUUGAUAUCACUACACAAUUUCUAACCGCAUAUUUAGAUAUGUAGAUGAUACGAUCCUCCUAAAGUGGAUUUGCAAUAAAAAUUGCUGGAUCUCGCAGAUUUAAGGCGGAGCCUGUACUUUAAUUUGAGAAUUAUAAUUAUAUCGACAUUUUUCCAACUUGCUGUAAUUUAAUAUUUCUUGUUCUUAAUAUUAUGGAAUUAUAAGAGGAUAUUUUCUAUAAUCAUCACAAUUACGAGUAUGUGAGUGAAAAAUAAUUAUAUUGAAUUGUAAUUAAUAUAAAACAUUGAAUAGACGAAAAAUGUUUCUAUAGACUUAUUUUGAUUGAGUAAUUUUAAGGUAAAAAAAUGUAUUAAGGUAUAAAUAUGAAAAAGCCUCUUCUUCAAUUCGAAAUGCGAUUAAUUUGUUAAAUUAUAAUCGAGGUAAGUUUUGAUUGCUGAUACAGGGUGGUUCCUAACUGUGGUACGAAACUUCAGACAGUGAUUCUUGAGGUCUUUCAAGAAAUGAAGGUCCUAAGAGUUGCUUAGGUUUUUGAACUUCAACGCUCUGUAAAAAAGGUUCUUCGAACCUUUUUUCCUUAAAACGAUCUAACAAAUCAUCCUCUGAAGUUUCGUAUCGUUGUAAGGUAUUGCCCUGUAUAUUCCUUCAUUUUAUUCAGUGGAUUAAUGUUCCAAUAUAAAAAUACUUAUCUCUGUAUUGAUUUCAAGUGUUUCUACAUGCUGGUAUGGACUAGCAAUAACAAACCAGUAGUGAAUCUUUUUUUAUAUCAAUCUACAUAUUUUCCAAUAAUAAAUAAAUGAAAAUAACAAGAAGUGUUUUCAUUGUAUUUUUUAAUUGUAGUUUCGGAUUCGCUUUUGUUUGAAGGUUGUUCGGCAUGCAUUAAAUAUGUUAAAAGAGGAAUUACUGAAGAAUAUUCAAUCGACGUUAACAACAUUUAGUCAACUCCAUUCAUUUUCAGAAUUGGUCCAAGGAAAAGUUUUGUUGCAUGUAUUUCGUUUAUUUUUUCCAUGACUUCUGCUUAAAAUGAAGUAGAAAAUGUUUUCCCACUCCUGAAUGAUGUAUUUUUAGAAAUUAAUCUCAAAAUCGACUUUCAUAUUUCUACUUUUAUAUAAAAUUAUUUUUUUUAUUUAUGUUCAUAAAGAAUGGUUUUGUUUUUGUUAAAUAGCGUUUAGUGUAAUUAUGUUUUUAGAGAAAAUCUGUUCAUUCAAAAGCUAUAGAGGCAAAAUCAUUGAGAAUUAGGAUUUUUUGUUUUUAUACCUUUUUUAAGUUCAAUUUAUUUAUGUAAGACUUGUACCAUAUUAUACUGAUCAUUCUUA